AUGACUCGCUUGAUCAGAACACUGCCUCAUCGAUUGUUUUCAGCUCCGAAACGAUCCUUCUCCUCCUCUUUAUUCAACAGGGAUCAGCCCAACCUCCAGAUUGUCACCCCACCAUCGGUUAAAUACAACCGUCCGAUCGGUGGUAUUAGAGCAGGAAUCUUAGGAUUUUUGACUGGUCUCACCGUCACUGGAAGCUACGCUUACCUUCAUCUAUUUGAAGAAUACCAAAACGCUUGUAACAUCCUUCUAUUGUCAGUUGAAGAGCUAAAGGCAUCGACCUUAAAAAUAACCAAUCAGGUCAAGCGAAUCGAGCAGGUUGAGAAGGAGUUGAACCGGAUCGGAUCAACUACCGUUACAGAAGACCAGAUUAAAAAGAUCAAAUCCGAGUUGAAAAAACUAAUUGAUCGAGUCCAAAUCGACCAACUUGAAUUGAAAUCUAAUCUCACAAAUUUAGAAACUGAUUUGAUUUCCGGCAAGUCGACAUCGAUGAGCGGCGGUAGAAUGUGUUAG